AUGUCCAACGACCAGCGAGUUCGAGACACGGCUACGCCAACGCUGUUUCACCCUGAUCUACACAAAAGAAACAUAUUCGUUUCUGAUGAUGACCCCACCGUGAUUACAGGCAUCAUUGAUUGGCAGUCCGCCAGUAUUGAACCAGCAUUCUGGUAUGCAGAUGAAGUGCCCGACUUUGCAACAACUUUACCUCACCCAUCGCUCGAGAAUCAACUUGAGCCCAACAGUGAGCGAUGUGCGAAGGCAUUUGAAGUUUGCACUCAGUUCUACCUUCCAAAGCUGGCUAGCCCAAGAGCUAUGGAUGACGCCCUUUUCCGGCCGUUCCGCUAUUGCUACAGGACGUGGAAGGACGGUGCGGUGGCGUUUCGCCAUGAGCUAAUCAAAACAUCUGAACGCUGGAAGGAGCUUGGUCUUAUGGGUCCCUGUCCAUAUCCCGCACCUACCCCGGAAGAGUUAGCCGUCCACCAGAAGGAAUAUAAAUACUUUGAGGCGGCACAUGACUUGAGAAAUAACCUCGCAGGCUUACUCAAUACUGCAUCCGACGGCUGGGCUCCGCCAGAAGACUGGGAAGCGACGAAGUUGGCCAACAGAGAGCUGUUUGAGACGAUGUUGCAAACUGUCCUAGGUAUCAAAAACCCUGAUGAUGAUGAGCCCAUAAAAGAUGAAGGAGACGUAAGGGAAAUUUGGCCCUUUGACUUAUAA